AGCAUUUAUCGCAGGCUCAUCAUCACGAUCCAAUAAUCUUUGCCAUCAUCACGAUCAACCGCAGCUUCAUUAUCAUUAAUGAUAAUAAUUUAUGCUUAAGAGUAUAGAAUCUCAUUAAUUAUUUUUUUCUUCGAUAUAUUCACCUCGUUCUUCAUUUAAUAAUCUGGGCCCCAAGGAAGAACAUUUGUUUUUAAAUAUUGUUGAGUGGCCUCUGUGUGACACCGCCUAUAGUUUAAGCAAAUAUUAAACGACUACGAGGGUAAUACCUCUAGGCUAUAGACCUAGAUCUAACAGUUAGUAGUAUUAAUGACUGCUUUGAGAGAGUCGUUUUUAUUUACAAUCGAGCUAUUGCCCGAGGCUUGCAGUCAUGGUUUUAGCCAUUCCCGUAAAUAAACGAAAAAUGCCAAACCCAUGUGAUAGUUCGAGGGUAAAAUUCCAGUUACCGGGGAAAAGAGUUCAGUCUUGCUGAAAUACCCAUUGGUUCAGUGUUAAAAACUGGUUUGAGCGAUCGCGGAUACCAUACAUACGUGUGCGAAGAAUUGGUCGCUUAAUUUACCAAUUUUUAAUGCAGCGCAGACUAGACCACCGCGCGUGAAUUCCAAACAAGGCAAAAAUGGCUGAAGAAACUCUCCCAAGAUUUCAACUUCUUGAUGAUGAUAAAAUGCAAGACUUGAUUAAUUCUGCUGACAGCCCGAACACCAAAAAUUCUGUGAAAUACUCCAUGAAAAUAUUCGAAGACUUCCUGCAAGUUAUCAACACAGACCUCGAUAGCGUAAACAAACUUUCAAAUUCGGAGCUGGACAAUGUACUCCAAAAGUUUUAUGCUGGUGCUAGACGGAAGAACGGAUCUUAUUACAUGAAGAAGUCAAUGUUAGCUAUUAGAUUCGGACUUCAGCGUCAUUUCCUCAAUUGUAACAAGGUAGAUAUCAUCAAGCAUGAAGAUUUUUCCAACUCGACGAGAGUUUUUAAGUGUUUUUCAGCGAUGCUUAAGGAAGGAAAGGGAGUUGUAACUCACAAACCAGCUAUCUCAGCAGAAGACAUGGACAAAAUCCAAAGUUCGCUUGAUUUGAAUGAUCCUGUGGGUCUUCAGGACAAGAAGUCUCCAAGUGUGACUGCUUCUUCAAGUGACAAGGCAACCCAUCUACAAACAAUGCAGCAGAACACCAGUGUCACUUCAAAAUCAAAUACAGGUGUCAACGAAGGUACGAUGACGGACCUGACUUGGAUUGAAUUACUGAGAAAGCUAGUACAAUCCAAGGAUGCCUCCACUCAGUGGGAGAAGCAGCCACCUACUCACUCCACUCAGGCUGCUUCUACCUCUUCUACACAAGAUCUUGAUAAACCAUCAUGUGGUGAUGACGGUGAAUUGGAACAGGAUGGUCUUGGUUGGUCUUCGCAGGACACCCCUGCAGGGCAAGAGGAUGAGUUCAUGGAUUCCAGUGAACCUUCUGAUUUACAUAUUGAUUUGUCAACCAUUGUAGCAGGGUAUAGAGGCUUUGAGGAGGAAACCACUGUGGCUGAAUCUCAGGAAGGAGAACAAAACAACUCACCCAUCCUGAGAAGAAUCAAGGAAGAGAUGAUUGACGAGUUUGAAGAAGAAGAUUACCAGACCCUAUAUGUGAAGGAAGAAUACUUGGAAGAUGAAUGUCAAGAUGAUGAUUAUGCACAUGUGCAUUUGACACCAGGUGGACAUCCAAGAUUGGAGGCUGAAAGUCCAAGAUCAACCCAGCAAACCAACAGCGACAGAGCUCCAAGGCAAAGGUGGACCAUGUAUCGGAUCAAAAGAGGCAGAAAUGGCUGAAGCGACUAUCCCUAGAGUUGAACUUCUUGAUGAUGAUCAAUCACAAGACUUGAUUGAUUCUGAGUGCAGCAAGAACACUAAAAUUCUGUGAAAUUCUCUGUUAGAAUUUUCAAAGACUACCUGAAAAUUAUCAACACAGACCUCGAUAGUGUAAACCAACUGCCAAAUUCGGAGCUGGACAAGGUACUCCAAAGGUUCUACGCUGGUGCUAGACGGAAGAACGGUUCACUAUACACCAAAAAGUCAAUGUUAUCUAUUAGAUACGGACUUCAGCGUUUUUUCCUCAUUUCUAAAAAUGUGGACAUUGUUAAGCAUGAAGACUUUACAAAUUCGAAGACACUUUUCAAGCAAUUUUUUUUGUUUAAAGGACACAGAGUUGGGAAUCACAAACCAACUAUCUCACAAGAAGACAUGGACAAAAUCCAAGGUUCGCUUGAUUUGGAUGAUCCUCAAGGUCUUCAGGACAAGGUCUUUCUUGAUGUUAUGUUGUACUUUUGCAACCCUGGGAGGGUGAAUUUGCGUGAAAUGACACUCGACAGCUUUGACAUUUGUGAUGAAGGGGGAAAAUGCUCCGUAACUCUGAAAGAUACACUCACUAAAAACAACCGUGUAGGCCUAGAUCUAGGUCUUGAUAAACUAGAGAGAAGCCAAGGUGGUGUCAUGACUCCAACAAAUGGUCCACGAUGUCCUGUUGCCUCCUUCUUACGCUACAAAGAUAAAUUGAACCCCAAUGUAAGUGGUUUUGGCAGAAACCGGCAAAUGCACAGACCAAGCGUGAGUUGAAAUUAAAUCCAUCUUCUGAUCAACAAUGGUACUGUAAUGCACCCCUAGGGAAAAACACCAUCGGAGACAAGAUGAAAACAAUUUCAUCCCGUGCAGGUACCAAGGCUUACACUAACCUUUACCUAAGGGCAACCAGCAUCAGUACCCUACAAAAUGCAAGGUUCUGAGAUAGGGAGAUCAUGAGUGUGUAUGGACAUCGCUCAGAAAGCAGUCUCGGGCACUAUGCAUUGACCAGCAGUGAAACAAAAGAGAACGCAAGUUGUGCUAUCGCGGCAGAUGUUGAUUCGAAAUCAGUACCUUGUCAUGGACAUCCACUGGUGGCACUGUUAGUGAGCGUAGUGAAAGCCAGGAACUCUGAGAACUAAAUGAAAUAGUAAAUGAGAUCACAAAUAACCCACAGAUCUUCCUACAGUAUGUACAUGCAACAUCACUGCAAGUCGCUAUUCCCAUGUUUCAAGCCAGCAAGCCGAAGCUCCUACAUCAGGCCUGAUAAAAACCCGAUUUAAAUCGGUUUCCCGAUUUUUUUUAUUUUUCCCGAUUUUUUCCUGAU